CCGUCCGUGUGAAGGCCAGCAUUGGAAGCAGCUCUGCGCGAUCACUGAUACUUCGUCUCUCGGUUUGUCUCUCUCGGUUUGCCGCAACUGCCCCCGUAGUCGCCAUCUAUAAAAGUUCAGACUAUAGUGAAGCAACUAUCUACACGACGCCAUCACCGGGAUGGACCAGCAUGAGGAAAAGGCCACGCGCGACUCGGCCGAGGCGGAAACGGUCGAGCACGCGCCCCGCCGGCGCAGCUCCCUGGGCUUCGAAAACAUGGAGAACCUGUCCGCGGUCAUGGAGAACCCGCUCAAGCGGCGCUCCAAGGAGGAACUCAUGGCCGACGUGGACGACUUCUGUCGCCGCUUCCACCUGACCGACUUUACAGACGACUUUCGAAAGGGCGCCCUCGUCGCCCAGAAUCCGGACCAGUACGCCAGCAUCCCCGAGCUGUCGCCCGACGACCGCAACAUCAUCGAGCGAGAGCGCACCCACCGCUGGAGCCAGCCGUUCACGCUCUACAGGCUUUGCGUCAUGUGCUCGCUCGCCGCCGCCGUGCAGGGCAUGGACGAGACGGUCAACAACGGCGCCCAGGCGCUGUACCUCGAGGACCUGGACAUUGCGGGCCCCAACGUCACGCGCUUCAGCAAGAGCAUGCAGGACAGCAUCACGGGGCUCGUUGUCGGCGCGCCGUAUCUGUGCUGUGCCGUUAUCGGCUGCUGGUUGACGGAGCCGCUCAACAGGGUCUUGGGUCGUCGCGGCACCAUCUUUGUCUCUUGUUUCAUCGCGGCCGUCGCGUCCAUCUGGGAGGGGGUUGCCAAUUCUUGGGUUAACCUCUUUGUCGCUCGCUUUGUUCUGGGCUUUGGAAUUGGUCCCAAGUCGUCCACGGUCCCAGUCUAUGCGGCAGAAUGCUCUCCUGCGCCGAUCCGCGGUGCGCUGGUCAUGCAGUGGCAGAUGUGGACUGCCUUUGGCAUAAUGCUCGGCAAUAUUAUGGGAGUGGCCUUUGGGCCGUCCACCGGCAUCGACCCGUCUCUAGGAUGGCGUUUGAUGUUGGGUUCGACCGUGGUGUUGCCUCUCAUCGUUUGCGCGCAAGUCUACUUUUGUCCAGAAUCGCCAAGGUGGUAUAUACAGCAUAACAAGGUCGGCAAGGCUUUCCGGUCGUUCCAGCGUCUCCGCUAUUCCAACGUCCAAGCCGCUCGCGAUACGUACUACACCUAUGUCGGCGUCGAACUCGAGCGCGAAGCAAACAAGGGCAAAAAUCUGUUUAUUCAAUUCAUUGAGUUAUUCAAGGUUCCCCGUAACCGUCGCGCUACAUGGGCUACGUGGAUUCUGAUGCUGGGGCAACAAUUCUGUGGCGUCAACAUUAUCGCGUACUUUAGCACAAACAUCUUUCUGGAAGCAAAUUACUCCAUUAACUCGGCUCUCCUGGCGUCCAUGGGUACUGGGAUCCUGAACUGGGUGUUUGCCAUCCCCGCACUUUUCACAAUCGACCGAUGGGGACGACGAAACCUGUUGCUUUUCACGUUUCCCUUCCUCGCAAUCACACUUCUCUGGACAGGCAUGUCGUUCUUCAUCGCCAACGAAAAGGCCCGCCUAGGUAUGGUCACGGCGGGAAUGUACCUCUUCGAAGUGUUUUACUCUCCAGGCGAGGGCCCAGUCCCCUUCACAUACUCAGCCGAGGCGUUCCCUGUCCACGUCCGCGAUGUAGGCAUGUCGUGGGCCACGGCGACGACGUGGUGCUUCAACUUCAUCAUCUCAUUCACCUGGAACCACCUUCGGACGGCAUUCACUGAGCAAGGAGCCUUUGCCUGGUACGCCGCGUGGUGUGUGAUCCUCUGGUUCCUGAUCCUCUUCUUUGUCCCGGAGACAAAGGCCCUCACGCUCGAGGAGCUGGACCAGGUCUUCAACGUCAGCACCCGGAAGCACAUGAGCUACCAGAUCAAGAACAGCAUCUGGCACUUUCGCAGAUAUGUGCUUCGGCAGCGACUGGAGCCCUUGCCACCGUUGUACAGGCAUCAGGAGAAGUCGAAUGAGUCUUGGAAAGAGAAGUCGGACCUGUCUUAGUGGUGAAGCGAAGCGGCGGAUAAGGGGCACCUCUAGUCUUAGGACAUCUGGAAAAUAGCACACUGUGUUCAUUGCCAA